GGAAGUGUCAAAACCGUGCUCUCCAGCCAGCCAGUAAACAACAUUGAAGUCUUGGAAGAAAUGUCGGUUUUCCCAAGAAUUUCUCUGAAGCCAGAAGUCAAUGAUUACCUUAAAAAUGUCUUCUUAAACAAGGAGCUGUUAGCCGCUGUGGGCCUUCAGGAGGCAGAGAGCCGCUUCCAGAGGCUGCUCACAUGCUUAGCUCACCCUCCUGGACACACUUGUGUACGGGCCAGUACUCACCUAGCUCCCCUGAUGGAGAUCAGGCAUAAGCUGGAGGAAGAGCUGAACAAGCAGCAGAUGUGCGGUGCUUCAACAGGGGAGGUUUCUGUUAAGAUUCUCCCUCACCCAUCUAUUCCAGAUGUGCUGCUCCUUCCUGUCACUGGCCCAAGGCCGGUCCAGCAGCUGAGCUCGGAGGUGGUAGUGGGUGCCCAGUGUGGCAGUGCUGUUCUGAGAGGAGCUCAUGUCUUUGCCCCGGGGAUCAUGGCCAGCCCCAAGUUCAUGAAAUCUGGAGAUGUGGUGUCUGUCUUCUCUGACUUGGAGGGCAAAUGCACCCGGGGAGCCAAAUCCUUCCAGGGGAAGAGGGCAUUUCUGGGAAACGGAGUCGCUGAAAUGGACCGUUCCAGCAUUUUCUGCCCAGAUGAACCUGCCAAAGGUAUCGGCGUCCGCAUGGUGGAGCCACUUUACCAGAGUCCCUCCUUUGAUGGAGUUCUGCCCAGCCUGGCAUUCCUGCAGAACCUUCCCUCUGUUGUCGUGGGACAUGUGCUGGGGCCCUGUCCCGGAGAGCGCAUCCUGGACAUGUGUGCAGCACCUGGGGGGAAGACCUGCCACAUCGCUGCCCUCAUGGGGGAUCAGGGUGAGGUAGUAGCCCUGGACAGGAUCCGAAAUAAGAUCGACCGCAUUCGUCAAAACGCCCAAACGUUGCAUUUGCACUCUAUCAAAGCGUAUUGCUUCAACAGCACUCAGGCUGUGAGCAGUGACCCGGCCCAGGAAACCGAAGGACCUCCCUUCCCCCCUGAGAGUUUUGACCGGGUUCUGCUGGACGCUCCCUGCAGUGGCCUGGGACAGAGACCCAACAUGGCCGUCACCUGGAGCCUCAAGGAGAUCUGCUCCUACCAGCCGCUGCAGCGCAAGUUAUUUCGAGCUGCUGUGCAGCUGUUGAAGAAAGGCGGAGUCUUGGUGUACAGCACCUGCACCGUGACUUUAGCAGAGAACGAGGAGCAGGUUGCCUGGGCCCUCGACACCUUUCCCCAACUCACACUACAGCCUCAGGAUCCUCACAUCGGAGCAGAGGGCAUGCUGGGAGCCGGCCUGUCACCUGAGCAGCUGCGCCUCCUCCAGAGGUUCAGCCCUGAGCUGAGCUGGGACCAGGCCGACAUGCCGACUGCGCUCCCCGGCAAAGCCAACAGAGACACUAUAGGCUUCUUUAUCGCCAAGUUCCUGAAAAACUGACUGGAGGAGCGUGUUUUCACUCUGACUGGGAUACAGAACGGCGCCGCUCGCCAUCCAGUUGCCCAUACAUGAGAGUGCAGGAGAAGCAACCGUGUUUACAGUACAACACUCUGUAUGCUUAGACAAGGCGGUGUUGACAAAGACACUCGCUGCGCUGUUUACAACAUCUGCCUCUCAGCAGCUGCUCUCUGAAACUGUGGGCCAUAUAGGGAUGAGCUUUAUAAACACCGAGGGCAGGAGAGAGGGAGGGAUCCGAGUGCAGUCGGAGGGGGCGGCGGGGGGGGCAAGAGUGGGGGAGAGAGUGAAUGAGUAUUGGCAAAUGCUGCACUGCUAGCGUCGCCAUAACAACAGUGACGACACAGCUGCCAUGGUGACCGUGGAUUCGCUGGAUCUAGGAGCGUAGAUCAGGAAGUAGUGUGCAGAAAGAGGUCAUGAGAGGUAUUAACAAUUUACUGCCUUUUAGUAGUGGGACCCGGGACCACACACUAUUACUGCUGCUGUUUGUGAGAGGGAGGUGAUGCUGAUGUCUAGCUCUGUCUGAAUCAGCGUAUUCACCAAUUUGAUUUAUUUUUUAUUUGAUAUUUUAUUCCUAUUAAAAAAAAUCCUUUCAAAAGAAAUGUGCCUUUUUGUGUGUCUAUGCAUGUCGUCUUAUAAAGUUUGCCUCUACAUUUUCUGAAAAUAUUUGAAAGGGAAGCCACCGUAUAAUUAAAAAAAAAAGGCAAACAUUACAGCCUUGAAAUAUGCACCUUUUACUCAUUGACAGGCUUUUUAGACAUAAAGACCAAUGCUAAACAAAUCAUGUAGCCUUCGUUUUUGUGUUGGAAAAGCCUGUAAAUGCUGUAAAAGGUGCACAUUUGAAGGCUGUAAUAAAUACUUGCCUUGUUGCAUGACAAAGUGGCUUCCCUCUAAAAUUUGAUUAUUUGAUGUUUUGGAAUCCUGUUAUCCAACAUUUUGUGUGCUGCUCACAAAAUGUUGGCCUUAAAAUAAAAAUCACGGCACUGGUCAUUAAUUCGUUCACUAG